GCGAUCCGGGAGGUCAUAUCUUACAACAACAAAACAGCGAUGUUGUGGAGUAUCACAUUGAGCGAGGCGGUAAAAUUUGCUCUACGACACCUGGGACAGACGGACCGCACAAAACGCCCCAACAGAACCGUUCCUUUUUUUCUUUCAGAGUCCACGACGCUUGACGAUCACCUGCAUGUAAAGUUCCCCACAGUGUUGGCCGCAUUGUUGGGCUCUACCAACACCGUAGCGGAGGAGAAAGAAUCACAGCAUGUAACGCAACAAAAAGGCGGGGUUAGCUCACGUUCAAAGGAGUUUCAUGCUUUGGCAACGAAGGCCGCUUCAACAUCAGGUGGGAGCGAGUAUGAAACUGUUUAUUUCAGUCUUCUUGCUCUGACAAACAUGGGGUGUUUUAGUCCGACUGGGCUUUCAUGGUUGUUUAGGGCGCUGGAAGACUCUUACAAUUCCGACAGCCAUCCCAGCGCACUGGAUGCAUUUCUUUCCUCCACCGUGUGCGCGACGGUGUCGCCAACAGCACGGGAGCUUUUGGAUGUUCUUCGCACGCUGAUGCGGGUGGGCCACAAGCCGCUGCAGCUUCAGGCUCUCAUAGAAUUUAAGGGCAUUCUCGAAAGACAACAGAACGCACUGCCAUCCGACGGCACCCCAACGAAGCAACCAACAAAACCGUGA